AUGCUGCUGAAAUGGCUUUGGAGGUUCAAGAAUGAAGAGGGGUCACUUUGGAAAAGAGUCAUUGAAGCCCUACAUGUCUCGAAUAGGAGGUGGGAUGUCUUUCCGUGGAACAAACAAUCAACGAGGCCUUGGAGAAAACUUGUGAAAGUGGGUUAUGCGCUAAAGGUUCAGGGAGUUAACUUUGUUAAUAUGAUCUGCGGGUCAGUGGGUAACGACCUUGACAUUAGAUUUUGGUUGGAUACUUGGAUGAAUGAUGAACCGCUGAAAGAUUUAUUUCCGAACCUAUUUCGUCUAGAAAAAAACGAGUGGAGUAAAGUGUGUGAUAGAGUUGGUAAUGAUGCUCAGAUAGGGGUGAUCAAUUGGGAAUGGAAAAGGUAUCCUAGCUCUAGUAGUGAAGUAGCAGAACUGUUGGAGUGUCAUAGAAUGGUGUCGGCCAUUCGGCUUGGGGAUAGGAGGGAUGUAUGGAGAUGGAAUGUUGGUUUUAAUUGUCCAUAUACUGUAAAGGAGGCUCGGUUGUGGUUGAGUAGGAAGGGACCAAUUGAGGAGGGAUUUAAGUAUAAAUGGUGUAAAUGGUUACCAAGUAAAUGUAAUGUGUUCAUGUGGAGGGCUAAUUUGGAUAGGAUUCCGACGAAGCUUGCUCUUAAUCGGCGGAACAUCAAUGUUGGUGAAGGCUUGUGUACUUUUUGUGGCGAGGUUGAGGAAACUACGGAACACAUUUUUACGGCGUGCCAUUUGGCUAACGGUGUAUGGAAUGGUAUUGCGUCUUGGGUUAGAAUUACCCCGGUGUUUGUUUUUUCUGUUAAAGAUAUCUUGGAACUGGUGGACCAUCUGAAGGUUUCAACUUUGAAGGCGGAGGUUCUGUUUGGUAUUUUCGUUUUAACUUGUUGGAGGAUUUGGGCAGCUAGGAACGAAGCUUUAUUCUCACAGAAGAAUGCUAAUGUGGCGAGGAUAGUGGCGGAUAUUAAAUCGUUUGGGUUUCUUUGGUUUAAUAGUAGAUCGAAGAAGGGCGGGUUGGUUUGGAAAGAUUGGUGUAAUUUAUUACUUGAUACAUUGAUAGUCGGAGACUUUCAAUUUGCUUUGCUUUUCGAUUCCAUACCAGAUAUGGAGGAGCUAAAGCAUACUUCUUGUGCAAAUUACGAGUUGUUUAUUGCUGAGAAUCUGGAAUCUUUUAAUCAGUGUAGAAGCAGUGAGCUCCAGGUCCAGGGGACAAGAAUCCGAGCAUGUUUCAAUGGCUGGGUGAUUCUCUCCAGUCAUCCGGACCGCCUCCUGUGGUCUCUUUGGAACCCACUCACCUCUAAAUUCAUUCGUCUCCCGCCUUUGGUUCGUGAUUCUCAUGCUUUUUGUUUGUUACUCCUCCCUGAUGAUCAAAGUUUGGUUUUUAUGUUGCUAUCAGACAAAAUUCCUACCAUUAUUUUUUGUCGGCUAGACCCUAAUAAGAAGAGAAAGAGGCUAAAAUGGACUGAGAUGUCAUAUGCUAAACAACUCCGGAGCUUAAUCGGUGUAGAUGAUUGUUUCCUAGAAUCUCCAGCUUGUUGCAAUGGUAAAGUAUAUGCCCUGGCCUUGGGGACUCAUUAUAGGUCUGUCAUACAUGUUGACUUUGUGGUUAGAGGUAAAGAAGUUGUGAUAAGUCUAGUGCCGGUUGUGAACGUCCCUCAUACUUCCCCUUCGAGUUUCGACACCGUCUAUUCUUUUUUGAAAGGAUAUUGUGCUAAGUUGUUCUACAUUGAACUAGUACAUCUUAAGGAUGAAGCGAGGAUUCUUGAGGUGCGUUUGUUUACAUUGGAUAUGACUUCUAUGACAUGGGAGGAAAUGGAAGACCUCAAAGAUGAUAUAUUUUUCCUGGAUUUAUCUUCAUGCUCGGUAUUCUACAAGUCCGCAGUUGCCUCACAGAUCGGGGGUUGUGUUCAUAUUCUUGGUGCGAUGGACAAUAUAAUCUCAUUCCAUGUCAAAGAAAGAACCAUGUCUCCAUCUUCAGUGCCUUGUAUCGUACGAGAAAGCCAAGUGUUAGUGUGGGCAAUGCUCGAAUGCAGGUUGGAAGCUGACCGUCCCGAAGCUAAACAAGACCAAGGCACUGAGGUAGUCAUAAGAUCAGUUAACUGUGAUGAGACUGAAUUUGAUAGCACGACAAGCGAGUCAACUCUCCUCAAUAUUCCAUUUCAUAUUUUGGAAAUGAUUACAGAGCACUGUUAUGGUGUCAAGACGUUCAUGAAUUUCCGUGCUACAUGCAAACAUUGUUAUUUAGCAGCCCCGUUAAAGAGACCGCAUAUGAAUUCACCAUGGUUGUUGGUGUUACGCAAUGAUAAACGCAUUUUCUCAUUGAUAGAUCCGUUAUGUGGUGACGAGUAUGUUUUAAAAACACCUCGGGAACUCUACGGUCAUUACGACAUAUUAUGUUCCAGGUAUGGUUGGUUGUUAUUGUUUAAAUUGCCUGGAUGCGAGCUGGUGUUCUGUAACCCAUUUACAGGUAAAAUCCGUAACCUUCCAGCGACGCCUUGUUCUCUUGGAAGCAUGUGUUUUUCGGCACCACCUACUUCCCCUGAUUGUAUGGUUGUUGGAUUCACAACACGCGGGCCUUAUCAUGUCUACAUCCACUUUAUGUCUCAGGAACCCCCUUCAUGGUGCGGAUAUCGUUUGGAUUCUGGCACUAACGAUCCAUAUUUCUUUCACUUUCCAACAUUCAGUGGCCGGGGGGAUAUUUACGCCUCGUGUAACAAUGAAAGAGUUGAUGCUUUUAGAGACAUUGGUAAAGAAGAUUUCUCUUGGGAGGUUGUCAAAGACAAUGCCCCUUGCAGACUUAAGACGACGUUCUUUCUAUCCAAAUGUGAUCAACAUCUUUUACUUGUUAUCGUGGGUGAGGAUGGAGAAUUCGUUGAGGUGUUCAAACUAAAUGAUUCUACAAACGACUGGGAGAAAAUAAAUGAUUUAGGAAAACACAUGAUUUAUAUAUCUGAAACAUCAUGUGUCUGCCUUGAUGCCAAAUCACCACAAAUGGGGAACAAGAUCUACUUUCCAAGAUAUCACGGGAACAAUACGAAACCACAAACGAGGAACAACAUCUACUUUCCAAGAUUAUUAGACAACACGGAUAUGAAGAUAGUGUUCUAUUCUCUCGAGACAUGCAACUAUCACACAUUUGAUGACAAAAAUACCCAACAAAGUUUCGGUGCCAGUUUAAUCAUAACUUUACGUCCUCGUGACCCACAUACAUGGAUUGAAUAA